CCGCGCGCCUUCGUCCUCCCACGGUGGGCCUGGCCGCGGCCUGGCUCAGGAGACCCGGUGCCGGCGGCCGCUGAGGCGGGAGCCGAGGGCCGGGGAGCGCGGGCGCAGGAGGGCGGGCGCGCAGCCGGAUUCGCGUUCGGCCGGGCCACGGAGCUGCCUUCCAACCAGCCCGUCCGGGGAACAACGGGCCGGGCUUCCGGGGAGAGGGCCCACACCGUCUCCUCUCCGGCACCAGCCUCCUCCAUUUUUCCGGGCCUUGCGUGGAGCUUUUUGGCGGAUGUAUUUGAAUGAAUGAAUGUCACCGGGGCUCUUUCCAACCCCCACUCUCCCCAACCAUCUGAGGGUGGCGUGGCGUAGUGAGAGGAGCGCUCAGUUGUCGGGAGACCUGGGUGUUUUUUCCCAAGACUCUGAAAGAGGACAGCAUUCCCAAUGUCCCAGUUUAAGCGCCAGCGGAUCAACCCACUUCCUGGGGGCCGCAACUUCUCAGGCGCAGCUUCAACAUCUCUUCUGGGUCCUCCACCUGGUUUGCUUACUCCUCCUGUGGCCACAGACCUGUCCCAAAAUGCCAGGCACCUUCAGGGUGGGGAGAAGCAGCGGGUCUUCACUGGCAUUGUCACCAGCUUGCAUGACUACUUUGGGGUGGUGGAUGAAGAGGUCUUUUUUCAGCUAAGUGUGGUGAAGGGCCGGCUACCCCAGCUGGGUGAGAAGGUGCUGGUGAAGGCUGCAUACAACCCGGGCCAGGCAGUGCCCUGGAAUGCUGUCAAGGUGCAAACGCUCUCCAACCAGCCCCUGCUGAAGUCCCCAGCACCUCCCCUUCUACAUGUGGCAGCCCUGGGCCAGAAGCAAGGGAUUCUGGGAGCUCAGCCCCAGUUGAUCUUCCAGCCUCACCGGAUUCCCCCACUCUUUCCUCAGAAGCCUCUGAGUCUCUUCCAAACAUCCCACACACUUCAUCUGAGCCACCUGAACAGAUUUCCUGCUCGGGGCCCUCAUGGACGAUUGGAUCAGGGCCGAAGCGAUGACUAUGACUCCAAGAAACGCAAACAGCGGGCUGGUGGAGAGCCUUGGGGCGCUAAGAAGCCAAGGCAUGACCUGCCUCCCUACCGAGUCCAUCUCACUCCCUAUACUGUGGACAGCCCCACCUGUGACUUCUUAGAACUCCAGCGCCGUUACCGCAGCCUCCUGGUUCCCUCAGAUUUUCUGGCCGUGCAUCUGAGCUGGCUGUCGGCCUUCCCUCUGAGCCAGCCCUUUUCCCUCCAUCACCCAAGCCGCAUCCAGGUGUCUUCUGAGAAGGAGCCAGCUCCAGACGCUGGUGCUGAGCCCAUCCCCGCAGACAGUGACCCCGCUUACAGUUCCAAGGUACUGCUGCUGUCUUCCCCGGGCCUGGAGGAACUGUAUCGUUGUUGCAUGCUCUUUGUGGAUGACAUGGCUGAGCCAAGGGAGACACCGGAACAUCCUCUGAAGCAGAUUAAGUUUUUGCUGGGCCGGAAAGAAGAGGAGGCGGUGCUGGUUGGAGGCGAGUGGUCUCCUUCCCGGGAUGGCCUCGACCCCGAGGGCGACCCGCAGGUGCUAGUGCGCACCGCCGUCCGCUGCGCGCAGGCCCAGGCCGGCAUCGACUUGAGUGCCUGCACCAAGUGGUGGCGCUUUGCUGAAUUCCAGUACCUGCAGCCGGGACCCCCGCGGCGACUCCAGACUGUGGUGGUGUACCUGCCGGACGUCUGGACCAUCAUGCCUACCCUGGAAGAGUGGGAGGCCCUGUGCCAGCAGAAAGCUGCAGAGGCAGCUCCCCCACCCCAGGAGGUGCCUGUGGAAGCAGAGUCCACCGAGCAGGCCACUGACGCACCGGAGCCAGCGGCAGACACCCCCAGACAGAAUGCAGAGACCCCAGAGGCCACUGCACAGCAGGAGAUGGACACGGAUCUCCCAGAGGCCCCGCCACCCCCCCUGGAGCCUGCUGUUGUGGCACGGCCUGGCUGUGUGAACUUGUCCCUCCACGGUAUUGUGGAGGACCGGAGGCCCAAAGAAAGGAUCUCUUUUGAGGUGACGGUGUUGGCCGAGCUCUUUCUGGAGCUGCUGCAGAGGGAUUUUGGCUACAGGAUUUAUAAGACACUGCUGAGCCUUCCUGAAAAGGUCGUGGCCCCCCCUGAACCUGAGAAGGAGGAGGCGGCCAAGGAGGAAGAAGCCGUCAAGGAAGAGGCCAAGGAGUCCAAGGAUGAGGUACAGAGUGAGGGCACAGCUGCCGCGUCAGACGCCCCGCCGAAGGAAGAUGGCCUUCUGCCCAAACCCCCCUCCUCUGGGGGAGAAGAGGAGGAGAAAGCCCGGGGCGAGGCAUCGGAGGACCUCUGUGAGAUGGCCCUCGACCCAGAACUGCUGCUCCUGCGGGAUGACGGGGAGGAGGAGUUCGCAGGAACCAAGCUGGAGGAUUCCGAAGUCCGGUCGGUUGCCUCAAACCAGUCAGAAAUGGAGUUCUCUUCCCUUCAGGACAUGCCCAAGGAGCUGGACCCCUCCGCCGUGCUCCCUCUGGACUGCCUUCUUGCUUUUGUCUUCUUUGAUGCCAACUGGUGUGGCUACUUGCACCGGCGAGACUUGGAGAGGAUCCUGCUUACCCUUGGGCUGCGGCUCAGCGCGGAGCAGGCCAAGCAGCUGGUCAGCAGGGUGGUGACCCAGAACAUCUGCCAGUACCGGAGCCUGCAGUACAGCCGCCCGGAGGGCCCGGACGGAGGGCUCCCCGAGGAGGCGCUCUUCGGAAACCUGGACUUGCUACCUCCUCUCGGGAAGAGCACAAAGCUGGCUGCUGCCCCUGUGGAGCACCAGGGCCUGGUGUCCCACAACGGCAGCCUCAUCGACGUGGGGAACCUGCUGCAGCGCGCGGAGCAGCAGGACAGCGGGCGGCUCUACCUGGAGAACAAGAUCCACACGCUGGAACUGAAGCUGGAGGAGAGCCAUAACCGUUUCUCAGCCACUGAAGUAACGAAUAAGACACUGGCAGCAGAAAUGCAGGAGCUGCGAACCCGGCUGGCAGAGGCCGAGGAGACGGCCCGGACAGCGGAGCGACAGAAGAACCAGCUUCAGCGGCUGCUGCAGGAGUUCCGAAGGCGCCUGACCCCCCUGCAGCUUGAGGUGCAGCGGAUGGUUGAAAAGGCGGACAGCUGGGUAGAGAAGGAGGAGCCAGCACCUAGCAACUGAGGGGCCUGGUGCAGGAGCUGCCGUCCUGUGAGGUCAGCGAUGGAGCCUGCUGAACUUAGAGCCCUGGUGGUUCCAGAAGGGAGCUGGAGCAGGACCUGGGAGCCAUAGGCAGGGGUGGCUGACCCCUGUGCUCGGCCUCUGUGGAGGAGCUCAGGCCACCAGGGUGGGGGUCUGUCUGUGCCGUGUGGGACGGAUGUGUGAGGAAGCCGGUUCCACUUGCAACUAAAUCCAACAUCUUCUGCACCCCUCGAAUGUCAUUUUGCUCCUACCUGGGGAUUCCUCCUGGGGCCCUUUCGUCUUGUGCUGACUUUCUCCUGUCCUCUUCCAGUUUAGACUAAGACAGGGGAGGAAAAGGCUUUUCAAGUCUGUCGUAGGUCUGAUGCCAAUAAACGGAAGAAACAGGUGUGGAAGCUGGCUGGGGGCAGGAGCCCCUUCCUCGGGAUGGCACAAACUCCGCCGGGUUACAGGAGCAGGUUCUGGGGGAGGGUCCCCUUGGCCCUUAUGGGAACAGAGUCAGCGCCGGCGAGCGCUUGUGUUGGGCUGUGUUUGCCCGUGAACACCGUGUUCCAGCACCCCAGACUUGCCAGAAGAAACCAGCACCUCCUUCCCUGGCUCCCCGUGUUCAGAAUGUGGUAUUGGCUCUGGCCCAGCCUUCUUCCCUGUUCCCUAUAAGUCUCACCUCUUUCCAUAAUCCGUGUUUCAGUUUGACUUUGUAUAUAAAGUUGUUUUUUUUUUUUUUUGGCUUUUUGUUUUUUAAAUAAACCAAAGUCAAAAACAAA